AACCUAGUUCAAUAUCUGUCAGUAGUUGUUUCCCGCACGACUGUGAAGACGCCAUGUUUGUUUGCAAGUGGUAUUUAAAGGGACAGCCGGACCUUAAACCUCGUCACUAUGGUUACAGCAAUCUACGAUAAAUGAGACAAAGCAGCAGAUAAUUUAAAAUGGCGGAAGAAGACACAACUUGUGUUGGUGAGAAGGCUAAAGAAAACACUGAAGCAUGUGAUACUGAGCACUCAGUGAUGCAGCAGGAGACUGACGAGGACUCACAAAAGCAGCUCUCUGCAGACACGUACUACAAGUAUGAGGAUGUUUACUCCAGACCAUCCAUCACACCCGACUCUGAAAUCCCAGAGAACCUCCUGCACCUCUCUCACUCCUUUGGAUACGACAGUGGGCGCAGGGCGAACCUGCAGGUGCUGGAUGACAGAACUCUGAUCUUCAUAGCAGGUAACCUACUCGUCCUGCUGGACAUUUCCACCAAGGAGCAGAGAUACCUCCGCUCCUGCAGCGGAGGAGGAAUCGGCUCCAUCGCGGUACACCCUAGCAAAGACUACUUUGUUUCAGCAGAGAAGGGAAACCAGCCCAACGUCAUAAUAUAUGAAUAUCCCUCGUUACGACCGUACCGCAUCCUCAGAGGUGGUACAGAGAAGGCGUACAGCUUUGUGGAUUUUAACCGUGACGGGAGCCUGCUGGCCAGUGUGGGCUGCGAGCCUGACUACAUGUUGACGCUGUGGAACUGGAGGCAGGAGGAGGUGAUGCUGAGCUGCAAGGCUGUUUCUCAGGAGGUCUACAGAGUCAGCUUCUCCCCAUACAACCCAGGACUGCUCACGUCAUCAGGAUCUGGACACAUCAAGUUUUGGAAAAUGGCUAGCACAUUCACUGGUCUUAAAUUGCAAGGACUUAUUGGAAAUUUUGGAAAAACCGCAGCGACUGAUAUCGAGGGCUACGUGGAGCUUCCUGAUGGAAAGGUGGUGUCCGGCACAGACUGGGGCAACUUGCUGCUGUGGGAUGGAAAUGCCAUUAAGGUGGAGAUUUGUCGAAAGGAGGGGCGGACCUGCCACGCCGGGAUGGUUCAGCCGUUUGCCCUUGAGGAUGGACAGCUGAUGACAAUUGGCUCUGAUGGAGUAGUCCAGGGCUGGGACUUUGAGAGCAUCGACUCUGCCGACAGUAGCAGCGACUGCAACAGGUUUGAGAUUGAGCCCAUGAAUGAGAUGGUGGUCGGACACAACGUCUGCCUCUCCUCUGUGGUGAAGAGCUCCCUGCCUGACUCUUUCCUCUGGUUUGCUCAGGAUUCCAGCGGAGCCAUCUGGAAACUGGAUCUUUCGUUCACCUACACGACUCCUGAUCCAGAGUGCCUGUUUUCCUUCCACGCCGGAGCGAUCCAGGGCCUUGAUGUGUCGAAGAAAUCCCACCUGAUGGCCACGACCGCUCUGGACCGUUCAGUCCGAGUUUUUGAUUUCCUGGCGAAAACAGAGCUGACAACCAGCCGCUUCAAUCAGGGUGGAACUGCUCUCAGCUGGGCUCCACCUAUGGUGAACCAGGGUGGAGGUUUACUGGUGACGGGUUUUGAGGACGGGGUGGUCCGCUUACUGGAGCUGUACAACCCACAGAGGCUGCAUGUGGUCACCGGGCGCAGCCCCAAAGGAGAUGCAAAGCUGCGCCUCAAACAGGCCUUCAAACCCCAUAAUGCCCCUGUAACUGCUGUGGCAUAUGAGCGAAACGGAGACAUCUUAGCCACAGGGAGCUCAGACUGCACUGUGUUCUUCUUCAUUGUCGGGGAAAAAUACAACCCCAUCGGCUUUGUCCACGUUCCCGGGCCUGUGCAGGGGCUGGAGUGGUCACCUCAUUCCCAUAGUGAAAACAGGCUGCUCAUCCUGUGUCAGAGUGGUCACGUGACUGAGGUGCAGUGUCCUGAUCCGGAGGCCCAGAAGCCAACUAAAACCUUCCAGCUGCCUGAGCUGUCCAGCAGAUCCUUCAGGUUCAGCAGCAUCAAAUCUCGAAUCAAGAGAGAAGAGGAAAUCGCAAGACGUCAAGCUGUAAAGGAGAAGAAGAGGAAAGAGAGAGAAAAGAGGUUGAAAGAAUCGAAGCAUCCAGAAGCAGAGCAAGAGGAAGAAGAAGAGGAGAAAGAGGAAGAGUUACCGCCUAUCUACAUCCCCGACCCUCCAAGUCCUCUCUACUGUGGUUUCUACUCACAGCCUGGCCAGUUCUGGCUCUCCAUGGGAGGCUUUGACUCCGGUUUCUUGUAUCACUGUAAGUUCUCUGAGAAGCAGGAUGAGGAUCCGGACCAACGGCAGGAUGAGCCCUUUGGCUUCCUGCCUGUUGACAACACAGAUAACGACCCGGUUCGCUCCAUCAACUUUAGCUCCAACAGACAGCUGAUGCUCUGCGGCAUGCACUCAGGUUCCAUCAGGGUUUACCUGCUGCAGCCCGGUGACCACAGCCUCACCUCCAUGCAGGCCUACUGGGCUCUCAGUGUUCACGACAACCAGUACGGACAGCUGCGACACAUUCGCUGUAGCCAUGACGAACACUUUGUGCUGACUGCGGGAGAUGAUGGGAACAUCUUCUCCUUCAGCCUGCUUCCUCCAGAGGAGCUGCAGAAAGGGAUCCAGAGAAAGAGGGCCAAGGUUCCUUCUCCGAGGGUGGGUCUUGAAAAUGAGGCAUUGGCUCAGGACAUUGAGGACCCAGCAGCUUACAGCAUAGAGACAGCUAAACAGAAGCUGGAGAAGGACCGUCUGCAACGGGAGGCCGAGCUGAAGAUCACAGAGAAGCGGAAGAAGAUGGCUCAGCUCCAGAAGAAGUUUAAAGAGGUGCUGGACAUAAACCAGAGUCUGCCGGAGCAUGUUCGCCUGAAACCUGAGGAGCUGCAGUUGGAUCGGCGUUUCAGUGAAGAGGCAGAAAGGGUGAAGUCCCAGCAGGUGAUGGAGGUCAGAAAGCAGCUGGCCUGGGAGGAGGAGCGUGCCCACAUAGCACUCAGCAAACUACAGGAGUGGUUCAAGGACUCUCUGGAGGACAAAGUGGUCACUGUGGUCGCCAUCUGCACCGACCACAGAGUCUCUACCUACCGUUUGCCAACGCUCACCAAGCCUUCAACCCAGCUCAGACAUCAGAGCAAACACAGCCAGCUUGACAGAGAUACCGCACCAGAACGCAGGAAAUCCAGAGCCGAGCCUGCAAAAGACAGCGGUAACAUAGAGGAGGAGGAGGUGGUACGUCCUAAAGUGGCUCGUCCAGCAGGGAUUAAGCUGGGAGACCGGCAGGUCGAGAGGCUCAGAAAGGCUGCUGAGAAAGCUGAACAAGCUCGAGCCAAAAUAGAGAAAAGGAAGCAGGAAUGGGAUCAACUUUACGCAGAGAAGCCAGACGACAACUGUGAGGAUCCUCUGGACGUGCAGGCCAUCUGUAAAGCCAGAGAGAACAUCGGAGACUUAAAACUGAAAUCAGCCAAAGACUUCACGGUGCCCAAACACCUGAGGAUGAACACUGAGAGCAAGAGAGCACAGCUGAUUGGCCUGGAGGAAAAUAUCCGUGAGAAGCAGACUGAGAUGAAUGGACGUAUAGUGGCGUUACGGGACUCCAAGGUUUGCCUGGUGUCUCAGUUGCGCACUCAGGCUCAGAAGCUCCAAAAGGUCCAGCAGCGUCUGGCGGCCCAUCUCCAUCGCCCUCCACCCGCCCUCCCGACCAUGCUACCAGAGGAAACCCCGGAGAAGAGGCUGCAGUACAGCCGCGCCACCCUGGAGCGAUACCGUGUUCUGAGGGAACAGAGAUUUAAGACCAUGCAGCAGGAGGAGCAGGGGGGAACUACAGAUUUGUUGGAGCAGCUGGAGAAAGAGAUGAAGGGGGAGAUGGAGAAAGAGGGAGAUGAUCAGGAGAGAGGAGAGGAGGGGACUUCCAGCACCCAAAGAAGAACCAGAGAAGAAGAAGACACAUCAGAGGAGGAGGGAAUGGAGCUGAGCGAGCUUGAGGAGAAGCUCCAUAGGGAGAAGGAGAUCAGACUGUUGUUUGAGCAAGACUCCCUCCUGGAGCAGAUGGAGAGUUCAGUGUGUCACUUUGACGCAAAGCUCAUGCUGCUGCGUCACCAGAAGCUACGUCUGGACUGGCAGCUGAAGAUGGCCGACCUGCGUCAGCUGACGCUCUACCAGGAGCUGCUGCUGCUCAAGGAGUUUGACAGGAGGGAGGACAGCCUGCAUGAGAAGCUCAACGCACGCGUGAAGGAGGAGAACAACAUUGUGUCAGAGCUGGAGGAAUGUAAGGAACAGCUGGAACUGAAGCAGAGAGACAUAGUCAAGCUGCAGGAGAGAGAGAAGGCCCUGACCACGACCUUCCAGGCCUCGCUGGGCGAAGACAACAAGUUUGAGGAGUUUCUGACCAGAGUCUUCAAGAAGAAGAUCAAACGUGUCAAGAAGAAGGAGCAGACAGGAAGUGAAGAGGAAGAGGACAGCGAUGAAGACUCUGAUGAAGAUGAUGACUGGGAUGAUGAUGACGAUGAUUUUGACAGUGGCACAGAGGACGGAGUUGCUGCUCUGGAUGACAGCGUUUGCCCUCCAGGCUGUGAGCCAGAGUUGUUUGAGAAUACACUGCAGCUGCGUGAGCGUCGACUGGACCUGGAGGAACUGCUGGUGGAGGAGAAGAAGAGUGCUGAAGUUCUGAAGAAGGAGUGCGACACCCUCACCAAGAAGGAGAAAGCGGUGAAGAGCGGUCGGAAGGCAGUAGAGGAUGACUUGGAGUUGGUCAACAGAGAGAAGCAAAAGAAAAUGAAUGAACUGGAUGUGGUGGUUCCUCUCAGACUGCACCAGAUUGAGUUUGUUUUUAACGGCUCAGUGCCAUCCGAUCUGAGCUCGGCUUUGGUGGUGGACAGGACGGAGUUGAGCAGGCUGCAGGAGCGAAUCAAACAGCUGCAGGUGGAGAAGAGCCAGCAGAGAGAUCUGUACACCCAGGCCCGCCAGCAGCACGUCAGGCUCAUCCACGACCGCAGGGACAUGGACGCUAAGAUACAGGUGCUGGAGAAGCAGUGCGACGAGCUGAUGAUGAUGAAGUAUGGGAGACUGCUGGAUCUGGAGGCUCUGCAGACGCUGUCAGGGAACAGGGUGCUGGAGGAGCUCAAGCAGGAAAAGCUCAUUAAAGAAGCUGCAUACGCCAAGGAAAUCAAACAGUGGGAUGCGAAGGUAGAAGAGGCGCGUCAGAAUCUGAUGGAGGCGACCAAGACUAACACAGAGCGUCUCCUCAGCAUGUCAAACCUCUUAGACCACAAGAGGGACCUGGAGCGUAAACUCAAUGCCAGGCAGAAAAAAGUGGGCAGGCCGUUCCAGGAUUACAGGAGACAUGUGGAUCAGGAGGAGAUCCACAAACUAAAGAUCCUGGUGAAAACACAGUCGCAGCAGGCUGAAGUCCUCAGGAGAGAGAUUGACCUCCUGUCCCGUAAAGGAGGCCACGUCUUGCCCCCCGGCCAGGCCCCGCUGCCCCCGCUCCCCCCCUUGCCCACCUCCACAGCCCGCACAAAAAUCGGCAAACAAGGAUCGGGACGUCCUUCCCACCUGCUAACCAGAGUGCAAAACUCACAGAAUAGACAGGGAGCUAUUUAACACAGGCCAGAAAAACAUACCAUUAUCGUAUUGUUAGAGGUCUCUGCUCACUACUACAGCUUUUCUAUGAAUUAUUGCUGUUGUUCUUAAGAUUAAAAUAUUUUUUGCCCCAUGUGACCUUUCGUUUAGCAUCAGCCUCAGCUAAUUAUCAAUAUUUUAAAAUGGAUCUUGAAAAAAAACAGGCAACCAGAUCUCUUUUCAUCAUUUUUGUUAACCUAACUCUAGAACCAGGAUCCUACAUAGUGUAACCUCAGACUGAUCUAUCAGCAUUUCACACUCAACGUCUUUGAACUUUUGCCCAGCUGCUAGAUGACCUUGCCUCUGUUCUCAGCCCGAGUAUAGACAACUGAACAGCAGCUUUUAAGGUUAGUCAUUAAAUUCCUUUUCUUGUGGACGACAUUCAGCUCUAUGUUGCCAUCAAUCUGAAUAAUCGUUCAGAGCUCUUCAACUUAAGAGUCUUGUGUCGUGGUAAAUAUAGAUGAAACCAAAGUGCAAAUUUUAGGCACUAAGACACAAAGAUUUCUCUUUUCUGAUGCUUCUGUUAAUAUUUACUCUACAUAAGAACUUUUUGGAGUGAAACAUUAUAUCCAGGUCUGUGCUCUGUCUUCUUCACUUUUGCAAUAUAGGCUUAGACUGUUGUCAGAGUGAUGGACAAUAAGAUUUUAAAACCAGCCUUUAAAACUUCUAGUCAAGACAACUGUAAUGUCCUGCCCAUUGGUUUGAAUGCUCCCAUUCUAAAAACCACACUCAGUGCACAUUUUAACAAGAACAGCAGAUGUAGCCUGGCUUUCUGUCCAGCUUGGGCACAAACUGCUUGUUCCUUAUUUACCACAUGAAAACUGAGCCGAAAAGGAAAUUACAAAAUUGAUUUUUUUUGUAUCAUGACCGAAGCUCCACAGUAAACAAGCACACAAUGACUGAACACAAGCUGCCUCUUGAAGCAAAGCUGUUCCUCAAUACAAACGGGGCUGGACAGUAACUAAGUACAUUUACUCAAGUACUGUAAUUAAGUACAUUUUUCAAGUAUCUGUACUUUACUUGAGUAUUACCUAUUUUUUGGGAAACAUAUGACUGUUACUCCACCACACUCAUGAGACAGAUAUUGUAUUCUGACUGUGACUCACUACAUUUCUAUGAAGUAGUAGUAGUAAUACUAUCUCAAAUCCAUGUUUGAAGUUUUAAAAAUAAAGAAAGAUUCCUUUCAUUUUAAAUGUUUGUUGUGUUUACCA